AUGGGUUCCACCGAGCAUCUAGCCCUCCUUCAAUACACGGGCAUUCCCAUUUCCCUCGUCAUUCUUGGCCUCUCCUUCCUUGUUUUUGCCGCGUGGCUCGUCCGCCGUGACCGUCGCCUUGCCCACAUCCCUGGACCAGCUUGGUGUCGCUUCACGGAUGUCCCCCGACUUCGCUGGGCCUGGUCCGAGCGCAUCCAUGAAACCCAUAUCGCGCUGCAUCGCCGCUACGGCGACCUUGUCCGCGUGGGCCCGCACUGUGUCAGCAUCGGCACGCCACGCGCCAUCCAGGCCGUCUAUGGCACGGGCGCCAACCUGCCGAAAGGCGACUUUUACAAGGUGUUGCAGCCGCUGGCCCACGGUCGUGUUGUGCAGGGCCUCUUCAACACGCAGGACGAGGCGCUGCACCGGGCCCUGAAGCGGCCGAUUGCGGGCAUCUACUCGAUGACAAACCUCGUGUCGUUUGAGCCGUACGUCGAUACGACCAUUGCAGCUCUCCUCCGACAGCUCGAGGCCCGGUCCGCGGCCGGGACGGGGACGGGGACGGUCGACCUCGGCGCGUGGCUGCAGUUCUUUGCGUUUGAUGUCAUGGGCGAGAUUACCUUUAGUCGCCGCUUCGGGUUUCUCGACACGGGCCGCGAUGUCGACAGCAUGAUCCGUGACAUUUACCGCUUCUUUGCGUACGGCUCGGCCGUCGGCCAGAUGCCGCUGCUGGACCGGCUGUGGGCCAAGAACCGGCUGGUGAACUGGCUCCUGCCGGCCAAGAACUCGAGCGUCGUGGCGUUUGCCCAGGCGCGGGCCCAGGAGAGGGAGGCCGUCGUCGAAAAGGACGAGGGUGACUCGUACAACAGCCGCGACUUUAUGUCGCGGUUUCUCGAGACGCGCCGCAAGGAUCCCAGCAUCCCGCCCCACUUCCUGACCGCCUGGACGACGUCCAACGUGCAGGCCGGCAGCGACACGACGGCCAUUCUGCUCCGCGCCAUUGUCCAUUUCCUGUUGACCAGCCCGGCCUCCCUCCAGAAGCUCAGGGCCGAGCUCGACAGCGCCCGCCAAGCGGGCCACUUGGGCGCCGCCUCUACGAACGGCAUCGUCUCCUGGAAAGAAAGCCGCGACCUGCCCUACCUCGACGCCUGCAUCAAGGAGGCCGGCCGGCUGCACUCGCCCGUCGGGCUGGCCAUGGAGCGGGUUGUCUCGUCGGCCAAGGGAAUCGAGGUCUGCGGCGCCCAUCUGCCAAAAGGCACCGUCGUCGGCCUCAAUCCCUGGGUCGUCCACCGCGACCCGCGCAUCUUUGGCGACGACGCCGACGCGUGGAACCCUGACCGCUGGAUGCGGCCGAAAGACGAGACCCGGGCGGCCAUGGAGCGGUCCCUGUUGACGUUUGGCGCGGGCCAUCGCACAUGCCUGGGCAAGAACAUCUCCUACCUCGAGAUCUACAAGCUGAUUCCCACGUUGUUUGCCAAAUACGAUAUCACCUUUGCUACUCCCGACGAGUGGAAGCUCGUCAACCACUGGCUCGUCUUCCAGCAGGGGCUCAACGUCCGCAUCCGUGUCAGAGACGACAAGCAGAUAGGGGACGAAAAGAUGCUGGCGUAG